UUAAAGCCACGCUGCAUCCUAAAGCUAUCUCCCCAUAUAAAAAUCCCCGUCCCUCGCUCCCCCUCCUCUGUCGCGCUCUUCAGUCCUCAGUUUCUUCGCUGACCUUCUACGCCAAUUUUCUCUGCGUUUCGCGCUCUGCUGCUGGUAACACCAAGCUAUGGCUUUGCCAAAUCAACAAACUGUCGAUUAUCCGAGCUUCAAGCUCGUGAUUGUUGGCGAUGGAGGCACUGGAAAGACUACGUUUGUGAAGAGGCAUCUGACCGGGGAGUUUGAGAAGAAAUAUGAACCAACCAUUGGCGUGGAAGUUCACCCACUGGAUUUCUAUACGAACUGUGGACAGAUUCGCUUCUACUGCUGGGAUACAGCUGGACAGGAGAAAUUUGGUGGUCUCCGAGAUGGUUACUACAUUCAUGGGCAAUGUGCUAUCAUUAUGUUUGAUGUUACAGCUCGUUUGACUUACAAGAAUGUUCCUACAUGGCACCGUGAUCUCUGCCGCGUGUGUGAGAAUAUACCCAUUGUUCUUUGUGGGAACAAGGUCGAUGUCAAGAAUAGGCAAGUAAAGGCAAAGCAGGUUACUUUUCACAGGAAGAAGAACCUCCAGUACUAUGAAAUAUCUGCCAAGAGCAACUACAAUUUCGAGAAACCUUUCUUGUACCUUGCACGCAAGCUUGCUGGGGAUCCUAAUCUUCACUUUGUUGCAACUCCUGCUCUUGCCCCUCCUGAAGUACAAAUUGAUUUGGCUGCACAGCAACAGCACGAAGCUGAGCUUGCUGCAGCAGCUAGCCAGCCUCUCCCGGAUGAUGAUGAUGAUGCAUUUGAAUAGAAGAAUUGACUUGAUUGACUUGGUGCGUUAAUUUUUUUAGUGGUUCUUUGUGUCCUUUUUACUGUACUAUGCUGUCAUUCUCAGAAAUAUUUCAAGGCAGGCUGUGGUUCUUAGGAUGUGAGUUGAGGAAUUGAGAACCAUACCAUAUAAAUUGUAGUACAUAGGGUCUUUUGAGUUUUGGCUGUGCUUGUCUAUGGUAGAGUGUUGUACUUGGGAUGGGUGUUAAGUAUUAGUAUAUGGUUCAGUUACAAAAUAUAUGUGAAUUUUUGAAAGUUUAGCCAGUGGCAAAUUUGAGUUUCUAUUGUACAAUGGAAAUAUCCUAGCCUGUUCAUCUCA